AUGGACCUGAUCCCAAACUUUUCCAUGGAAACCUGGGUUCUCCUGGGAAUCAGCCUGGUGCUCCUCUAUCUAUAUGGGACCUAUUCACAUGGAUAUUUUAAGAAGCUGGGAAUUCCAGGGCCAACACCUCUGCCCUUUUUUGGAACUCUUCUUAAUUAUCGCCGGGGCUUUUUUAAUUUUGAUGCAGAAUGUUAUAAAAAGUAUGGAAAAACAUGGGGCAUAUAUGAUGGUCGACGGCCUGUUUUGGUUAUUACGGAGCCAAGCAUUAUCAAAACAGUGCUCAUCAAAGAAUGUUAUUCUGCCUUCACUAACCGACGGGAUUUUGGUCCAGUGGGAUUUAUGAAAAAAGCCAUCUCUUUGUCUGAGGAUGAAGAAUGGAAGAGAAUAAGAACACUGCUGUCUCCAACCUUCACCAGUGGAAAACUCAAGGAGAUGUUCCCCAUCAUUAACCAGUAUGGAGAUAUGUUGGUGAAAAACAUGAGACUGGAAUCAGAGAAGGGCAAGUUUAUCAACUUGAAAGACAUCUUUGGGGCCUACAGCAUGGAUGUGAUCACUGCUACAUCAUUUGGAGUGAACAUCGAUUCCCUGAACAACCCACAAGAUCCCUUUGUGGAGAAAGUCAAGAAGCUCUUAAAAUUUGAUUUCUUUGACCCUUUGCUCCUCUCAAUAA